CAAACAGGAUGCUUUUGACAGCAGUAGUGAAGAACUGGAGGACUGGUUAAUGAAGAUACUAAAAUGGAGUGUUUACCCCUGGAGUAACCAAGGUGCUGACAAGUUCUGACUUCUUCAUCCUCAUAAACAUGAGUGAAGUUCAGGCUAUGGUAGAAUUCUCCGUGGAGCUCCACAAAUUCUUCAAUGUGGAUUUGUUUCAAAGAGGCUUUUACCAGAUCCGGGCAUCUAUGAAGAUUCCUCCAAGAAUUCCACACAAAUUAGAAGCCAGCCUGUUACAUGCCACUGGAGCAGACCUUGCCUUUCCCGCUUCCAUCCACGACAACGUAGUCUGCAGCAAAACCUUUCAGAUCCUUUACAAAAAUGAGGAAGUUGCUGUCAAUGAUGUGAUGAUUUUCAAAGUCAAAAUGCUGUUGGAUGAGAGGAAGAUUGAGGAGUCCCUGAAUGAAAUGAAUUUCCUGCUGACAUUAGACCUGCACUUCACAGACACGGACUACUCGCCAGAUGACCUGAGCACACUACAGCCAAUUAGUAGCCGAACAUUAAAGCUGCACUUUAACUUACACCGGGGCCUUCACCAUUACGUCAAUGUGAUGUUUGAUUACUUCCACCUCUCAGUCAUAUCUGUUAUAGUCCAUGCUUCUUUGGUUGCUCUGCACCAGCCCCUGAUAAGUUUCCCUCGCCCAGUGAAGAACACCUGGUUGAACAGGAAUGCACCAGCACAAAACAGGGACUCUGUGAUUCCUUCCCUUGAAAGCGUGGUCUUUGGCAAUAACUACUCAAAGCAGUUAUCAGCAGAUGGUUGCAGCUUUGUCAUUUCAGAGUCUUUCCUCAGCCAUGCCUAUAAUUUCCACUAUACCCUCUGUGCCAGUCUGCUGCUUGCUUUCAAAGGCUUGCACAGCUAUUUCCUCAUGGUAACCAAGGAGCUGCCCUCUUCCCACCGUAUUGAACUGGCCAAGGCCAGCAUGCAGGUCCUUUAUGAACGCCUUCUCAGAAGAAAGUAUCCACGAACCCAGAGAGACGCCUACCUAGAAAACAUAGAUGUAGAAGUUCGCCUUGCAGAACUGUGUGAAGAAGUAAAGAAAAUGGAAAAUCCUGAUGAACUGGCAGAACUCAUAAAUAUGAAUCUUGCUCAGCUCUGCUCCCUUCUAAUGGCUCUCUGGGGGCAAUUUCUGGAGGUCAUUACCUUGCAAGAGGAGGUCACAGCAUUGCUAGCUCAAGAGCAUCACACCUUGAGGGUGCGCAGGUUUGCAGAGGCAUUCUUCUGUCUCGAGCAUCCCAGGCAGGCUGCCCUUGCCUAUCAGGAGCUACAUGCUCAGAGUCAUCUACAGAUGUGUGCAGCCAUCAAAAACACUUCUUUCUGCAGUGCUCUUCCACCCCUUCCCAUCGAGUGCAGUGAACUGGAUGGAGAUAUGAACUCCUUGCCUAUCAUCUUUGAAGAUCGCUAUUUGGAUUCAAUCACUGAAGAUGUGGAUGUACCCUGGUUGGCAGUUCAGAGUCUCCCCAGGUCAGAGUCCAAUAAACUGGAUAAAUUUGAAGCUGAAGAAAGUUUUGUCGCUGGUUUUACUAGCCCUGAACUGAAAAUGAGACCUGCAGCUGCCUCCAACCUUUGGCAUCCAGAAAGUGAGAAGAUGCUAACAAAAACUUUGAAAGGGAAGAACGAAGAUGCAAAUAAAUCCAAAGUUAAGGUUACUAAGCUCAUGAAAACGAUGAAACCUGAAACCACAAAAAAAGUUGUGAAGCAGAACUCUAAGGACUCUGUGGUCUUAGUGGGCUACAAGUGUUUGAAAAGCGCAGCGCUGGAAGAUGCCUCUCGAAGCUCAGAAGGCAGGACUGCAUCCAAUGCCAGUGAAGGGCUGGACCCUGCAUUAGGUGCAUUUCCUUGUGAUACAAAGACCUGCAGCAGGCAAAUAAGUCAAAGAGAACUUCCAUUUAUGCCAUCUGGAUCUGAGGAGAAGGCUGCCAAGACUGAAGGUGUCCAACCAGGUCCUCUUAGCCCCCUGCACUGUGAAAACGUGGCUGGGUUUGGUAGACUUACCAUCUCCCAGCCUGGCUCUGGAGCUCUACAGGCAGAUAGUGCUCUACAGGCCAGAGCUACACUUGAAGGCUGUCAUGGAGGUCAACCAGCUCCCUCAGGAGUCAGGACAAUUGAGGUCAAACCAAGUGCUAAGGAUCCCUAUGAAGGGGAGAAGGUCACCGUGCACAUCGGGUCGUGGGCUGAGCUUCCGCACGAUGGAGCACAGGGAGGGAACCUGCAGGUACCUAACAUCCAAUCCUUGGAAUCUGGAAAUGCAUUGACUUUGGGAGAGCAGGAAGCAGUGCUGGAAAAGGAAGACGUCCCACACAGCAGUGACAUCCUGACCAAAGUGAAGAGCAAUCAGGCUGCUCCUGCCACCAAAGAAAGUCAGCUUGCAGCCAGCGCCGACGCCGCCAAGGUACCGGAUGUCAGCAUAACCUGCGCCUCCUCCAGGUUUUCAGACUCAGGGGUAGAAAGUGAACCCAGUUCCUUUGCGACUCACCCCAACCCCGACCAGGUGUUUGACAACGUCCAAGGGCAAAGUGCACAUAACGGGGAGAGAGCAUUUCCUCAGCUUUUACUCAAGCCAGACUGUGCUGUGAAAGCGGCGCUAGAGAGCCACUGCACGGAGAGCACCAGCGCCGUGAGCGAGAUCCAAUCAUCCCUCACAUCCAUCAACUCCCUGCCCUCGGAUGAUGACGAGCUGUCACCCGAGGAGAAUUCAAAGAUCUCUGUAAUACCUGAGUGCCAGCUAAGUGACAGCAAAAGGGUGUUAGAUAUGGGAGAGGUGGACUGGCCAAAAUGCCGUGACAGCAGAAGAAGCAACAGCGCUUCGCAGCAGGAGUGCGUUGCGCUUUCAGGGCGCUCGGGUGACAGAGCUCUGCCUGUACAUUCCUCUCUCUCAGGAACAAAGGAUCUUUUAGGCUUAGCGGUGGCAGGUGAGGACACAUCUGCCCCUGCAAGAAGUUACAGCCCGCAGGCAGAGCUUGGCACAGCCUGCAAGGCUGCUCAGGGUCCCGAAAGGGAGCCUAAGGCUGCAGAGGAAAGAGCUGAGUUGAGCCUGGGAGCUGGCUGUGUGGGUGAGCAGUCUGCUGGUUCAGGCUCUCCAGCUCCAAGUGCAGCGCCUGAGGCUGGAGAAGCAAGUGAAGGAAAACACAGCGAGCCUUUAGAACCGAAGGAGACGACCGAAGUAGCUCCGAGUGAAACUGGGACUGAGAAUCCUUCUCCAACCAGUAGUACUGACAUAGUAAAGCAGGGGCUUGUGGAAAACUAUUUUGGGUCUCGAAGCAGCACAGACAUUUCAGAUAUCUGGCCUCUGGACAGCAGCAAUCCUGUUAGCCCGCAGAAGGACACGUACGCCAAGCAAACGGUUUGCUCUUCCCAGCAAGAUGAGGAAGAGGAGGAGGAGGAGGAGGAUCAAGAAAUGAUUGAAAAUGGGUAUUAUGAAGAAACAGACUACAGCCUGUUAGAUGGAGCUGUCAGUGCUGAGCAGGAUCAUGGCUCAGCAGAAGACAGAGCUCUGAGGUCUGAAAGGAUCGAUGGCGGGCACCUGCGAGAUGGAAUGAGUGUGCCUCCUGUCUGUGCUCCUGGCUGUCUGUCCUUCCCCUCUGCCCUGAGAGACUCUCCUUGCAACGUGAUCUGUGCUGCACGGACUAGGUCUGAUGCAAUUACACAGCAGCCAGGCAGCACAUCCUACAGCUCAGCCUCGGCUGCUUGCUGGUAUGAAAGCUCUCCGAAACCUCAAAUGUUAGCUUUCCUGCAGGCUAAAGAAGAAUUGAAACAACUAAAACUUCCUGGAUUUAUGUACAGUGAUGUUUUCAAACUGGCUUCUUCAAUACCUUAUUUCAGUAUGGAAGAGGAUGACUGCUCAGAAGAAGGAAUACAUCUCAUAGUCUGUGUCCAUGGCCUGGAUGGUAACAGCGCAGAUCUCCGAUUGGUGAAGACUUACAUAGAGCUGGGGCUGCCUGGAGGGAGGAUAGAUUUCCUGAUGUCUGAAAGGAAUCAGAACGAUACCUUUGCUGAUUUUGAUUCCAUGACAGAUCGCCUCCUAGAUGAAAUCAUCCAGUAUAUACAGAUCUAUAACCUGACCCUUGCAAAAAUCAGCUUUAUUGGACACUCACUGGGAAAUUUAAUAAUCCGUUCAGUGCUCACAAGACCUCGAUUUAAAUAUUACCUCAGCAAACUCCACACCUUCCUGUCUCUGUCUGGACCACACCUUGGUACCCUCUACAACAGCAGUGCUCUUGUUAACACAGGACUGUGGUUUAUGCAGAAAUGGAAGAAGUCUGGGUCUCUGUUGCAGCUGACCUGUCGAGACCAUUCGGAUCCACGCCAAACCUUCCUAUACAAACUCAGUAAAAAAGCAGGUCUUCAUUACUUCAAGAACAUUGUGUUGGUAGGAUCUCUGCAGGAUCGUUACGUUCCGUAUCACUCAGCUCGCAUUGAGAUGUGUAAAACAGCUUUAAAGGAUAAACAAUCAGGACCAAUUUAUGCUGAAAUGAUCCAGAACCUGCUCCUUCCAGUUCUUCAGAAGAAGGAGUGCAAUCUGGUUCGCUACAACGUGAUCAACGCGCUGCCCAACACGGCAGACUCCCUGAUCGGCAGAGCCGCGCACAUCGCGGUCCUGGAUUCAGAAAUCUUUCUAGAGAAGUUCUUUCUCGUUGCUGCCCUCAAAUAUUUUCAGUAGAGAAAACGAAAGAAAACAAAACUUUGGUUUAUUACCUCAUUAACAGAUGAAUCAAAUAAUGUGUGGUAUUAAAGUCUAGCUGCAGCUGUAUUUUAAGAGAUAUUUAUACUUUUUAUAUGGAAGAUAAUUUAUAUCAUCCACACUUAGGGCUUUUUAACAUCAACUUUUACUUUCUAGGUAAUGUGGCUGUGCAAUAUUUUUUUUUCUUUGUUUCUUUUUACUUUUCUAUUACUUUUUUUUUCCCCCCCUCCUUCAUUUUGGGUACCUAUUUGGAGAUUAAAGCACAGUGAGUGGGUUUGGUUGGUUUAUUUCUCAGCUCUUAGACGACAGAAGUCAUUGUUACUUGGUUCCAUAUUUUUUUUUCCCCCCCAAGAGGCUUUAGAUGUGGAAAUAAAUUGGAUUUUAAAGUUCUCAGAAGGUCUUAAGCGUUCAUUUGUUGUAUUUUAGCACUGUAAGAAGUUGAAACUGGAAACACAACGAGCUGCUGAAAUAGUGGAGGUUUGAGAAUUGCUUUGUCCAUGGGUCUUUGUCAAGACUUCACCACAGCUUAGCGCUUUCCUGCCACGUCCUUCUCCUGGUCGGUAAAUAGCCUGUGGGAGGAGACUUUCUACUGAUCUCAGAGCUGUGGUAGUUUACAUGCUGAGUUUUCUUACUGGAACACUUCACUUUUCAGAAGCAAAUGGCAACUGAGGAUCUUUGCUCAUGUUUAAUGACAGCUGCCUUCCAAUCGUCGAGGUCUGAAGAUGGCUCCUUCCUCUGCCGGUUCUCCAGGUGAACGUGGACAGUUUUGCACAGACUUCUUCCGUCUGCAUCACAGAAGGAAAUGGUAGAGAUUUCUGCAAUACUUUUAUCAGUUACAAGCAAUUUUUAAAUAAUACUGUUCAGAUGUUUUAUUGACUACAAAGCGUUGUAAAUACAAAUCAUGCAACAGGACAAUCUUGUACACUUGACCUGUCCAAUGACGCAGGCAAAAGGGGGUUUGAUAUACAGGAAUGUCCAAGGUCUACUGACUUUCUACUGGUGCUGCACAGCAUUAAGUUGGGGUUCUCCUUCCUUCCCUUUUUCCUGUUUCAAACUGAAGUUGAGGGAGGUGGGGGGGAGGGAAAGAGUUCCUUGUGCAUUCACUAAUUGUUUUUAUUCUGCAAACUAGAGAUUGGUUGUAUACUGCAUGUUUCUUUUUAGCCUUGUGUUAUUGCAUCUGCUGUUAAUAAAAUGAACAAAUGGCUCUGAUGGAAGCAAUUAAAGAAAGCAAAACCUUCUGCUAAUUACCAAAAUUCUGGGGAGGUUUUAUUUUUUGGGGGGUUUGGGGUUGUGAGUUUGUUUGGUUUUGGUUUUUUUUUUCAUGUAGUUAAUAAUUUUGUAUUAUUCAAAAUGAACAGAGCAAUAAGAGUUUAUAAUGAAGUGAUUUUCAUUUUCUUGUAUAA